GAGUUACUGAACUCGAGCUUUGAAGUUGAACGGUUCGCCGCGGGGUCUGACGCGCUGUCACGUGCACGCGUCGAAGCUGCCCGGUGUCCGGUGGGCUGGGACAGCUUCGUCUGAACGAGGAAGCACCUCCCGCGCAAGCAGAGGCCUUGCGGCACGCAGGCCAGGUUGCACUCGAAGCUCGAGCACGUAUAUCUGCCCCAGCGACGCCUGUGCAACCUGUCCUCCUCUAUCCCCCCAUUGCCCACAGGCCUCGUCACCCGAUCCUCUCCCGAUGGCUCACCGCGGAGGUCCCAGAGAUGUGCCCAUGCAAGUGCGGACGAAUGCGUUCCUAAUCUCAAGAGGCCCCAAGUCAAAGGACCCUUGGUACCAAUAUCAUGUCGGCGAGUAGCGUGCAGAUUUGCGGCGUAAUCGUGUGCUACAGCGAUCCCCCCUCAGUCAUUGACACCCAGCUCGACAAGUUUCCCACUAGAAGGGCCUUCGAGAUUAUUGACAAGCUGCAGCGAGACCUACCGCAAUUCUUUACCCCGCGGGCCGUCUACGAUGGCAAGGCCGGCUUGUUCUCCAAGAAAAGCGACAUCCCUGCCGGAACGCUCGAAGUGAAGAUGUCUGCCAACCCAACCUCUACAAGGGGGGUGUUCCGGGUGACAUUGACACGCGUGCGCCAGAUUAGCCCUGACUGGAUCGAACACCUCAUGGUGCAAGGGGCCGGAUCAGCGCCGAACACAGACACAAGCACCACCACUCUGUUGCAGAUCGUAGUUCGGCAAGGCGCGAAUAUGUACGCACUCGUUUCCAGCGCGUUUUCAUGGACGCUAUGCUCAUGCUUAGCUGCAAGGCGUCAUCACUACCCUCCGAAUGCCCGUGCGUUUUUCGUGGAACACGGGUUUCGGGAGAUGAAUGGCGGCCUGCGGGCCUACCGCGGAUUCUUCCAGAGCGUGCGCCCCGCCAUAGGACGACUGCUGUUGAACGUCGAUACUGUGACUGCCUUGCUAUACCGACCGGGUCCACUGGUCGACCUGGCCAUGAGUUACUUAGGGAAGCGGAACGCCCGAGACCUCGUCCGUCUUUCUCCUCCUGAAUUCAACAGACUGCGGGGCUUCCUCAAAGGCGUGAGAGUCACGAUCCAGACCGCUCGCUCUGACAGGGCUCGCGCGAUCGGUGGCUUGGUGGCCGAGGCUGGGCCCUACGAGUUUGAGAAGGACGGAGCGACUACGACGGUGCAGGAGCACUAUCGACAAGCGUAUAACGUGUCGCUGCGUUACCCCACCAUCUUUGGCGUGCGGAUCGGGCGCGACGCCGUGUUCCCAGCUGAGCUGUGCAACGUCGAGAAAGGCCAGCUCUACCGGAAGAAGAUACCCGCCGAGAUCGGACCCGACUUUCUGUCGUUCUCGACGCAGAAGCCGCACGAACGGAUGCAGACCAUCGAGGCUGCCAUCUCAGGGCCGAACCAACUCUUCAAUUACGACGUGUCCGACUUCAUGCAGGAGGCUGGCUUGCAGAUCCAGCGCGAGCCCCUCACCGUGCAAGGGCGCGUGAUGUUUACGCCGACUAUCCAAUACAACGGCUCGACGCUGACUUUGCAAGACAAGAGCGGCUCGUGGAACGUCGUCCGGAGGCGCCUGCUCAAUCCCAGGCCAAUCGAUGCAUGGGCCGUUGUCAGCUUUGACUCGCAAGCGAACGGGAACGACGUGCGCAGAUUCGUCGAGAAGCUGAGCAACAAUUUGCAAGCUUUGGGCGUCCAAGUUAGGCAGCCUGCUGUCAUCGAUCAGGGAAACCCGAACCAAGUUGCCAGAUCUAUAGAGGAGAUUGCCAAGAGGGCCUCUCCCAAGGCACCUCCGACGAUUGUCGUAGCCAUGCUUCCCAGCAGCGCAGCGGAGAUUCGCAAGGAGAUCAAACACUGGGGGGACGUCAAAGUCCAUGUGCCGACGCAGUGUGUGCGCGCGGGGAAAUGGGAGAAAGCCAGCGACCAGUACUGUAACAACGUCGCACUGAAGAUCAAUGCUAAGAUCGGAGGUGUGAACUCGAAGACCCUUCCCACCGACGGGAGCUUGCAGGCCAUCGUGCCGCCUUUGACGAUGGUGAUAGGCGCCGACGUCGGUCAUCCCGGUCCUGGGGUCAGCAACCGGCCGUCCAUGACGAGCCUGGUUGCGUCGCUCAACGACGACUGUACGCAGUACGCUGCGUUUUCGUCCAUCCAAGCACCACGACAGGAAAUCAUCGCCGACUUGAAGAAGAUGCUCGAGGAUGCGAUCUAUCAGUUCCUCCUGUCGACGAACGGAAAGUAUCCCAAGCGUAUCGUCUUCUUCCGAGAUGGCGUCUCUGAGGGUGAAUACGCGCGAGUUGCCAGAGAGGAGAUUGAAGUGAUCAAUAACUGCCUCCUGAAUCUGGCCCAAUUCAAUAAGGACGGCACCCAGGUGCCUGGCGGAAGCAAGGCUUAUGCACAGGGGCAGAAACCGCUGGUCACAUUCAUUGUCGUCGGAAAGCGUCAUCAUGUUCGCUUUUUCCCAACCUCGAGGGACAAUGGUGACCGCUCGGGAAAUUGCCCGGCUGGAUUCGUCAUUGAGAACGAGAUCACCAGCCCUGCGUACGACAACUUCUACCUCCAAUCGCACAGCGGGUUGAUAGGGACGAGCCGGCCCAGUCAUUACAUCAUUCUGCGGAACGAGAUUGGUUUGCCCCUCGCGACGUGCCAGCGUCUCUCCUUCGACCUCUGUCAUGUCUAUGCCAGUGCGACGCGUUCUGUAUCGAUCCCAGCGCCCGUGUACUAUGCCGACCGUGUCUGCGCUCGAGCCGAGUUCCAUUUCAAACCGGAGCUGCGUUUCGCAGACACGGAGUCUGGGAUCGGGUCGGACAGCUCGUCGUCGUUCAACCUAGAACAAUGGAAAACCGGGUUCAAAGCGGCAGUACAUUUCGAGUACGAACGAGCGUUACCCCCCAAGCCUCACCAAGAUAUAUAG